AUGGACUACAGCAAAGAACUAGAACUAGCAGCCCUCACAGUCCAACGAGCCUCAAAACUCACAAAAUCCAUCCUCGCCGCCGUCGACAAAGGCGCCCUAGACAAAAAGGAUAAUACACCGGUCACAAUAGCCGAUUUUGCGGCCCAGGCACUUAUUAUCAGUGCCGUUCAUGCCGUGUUUCCGGAUGAUGGGUUUGUGGGUGAAGAGUCGGCUGCGGCGUUGAGGGAGAACCCGGAGUUGUUGGAGAGGGUUUGGGGGCUUGUUUCUGCUUUUCAGAAUGAUAGUAGUCAUAAUUUGGCGACGCCGUCGUCGCCGGAAGAGAUGCUUACCCUGAUUGACCUUGGUGGUAAAGGUCAGGGGGGCCCAAAGGGGCGUAUUUGGGUGCUGGAUCCCGUUGAUGGGACGGCGACAUUUAUCCAGGGACAGCAAUACGUCGUUUGUCUCGCGUUACUAGAAGAUGGGGAGCAGAAAUUAGGCGUUCUGGGCUGUCCGAAUCUGCCCGUCGGUGCCACUGAGGUUCAUGAGGACAUAGUCGACAAGGACGGUGAUGGACAGAUGGUAUAUGCCGUUGCGGGUCAAGGCGCAUAUAUUCGACCUAUGAAUUACUCUUCGGGACGGACGGUCUUAGAGCCUGCGGUUCCCAUACCCAAAUACCCAGCAGAUUUCAAAACAAGCGAUAUACGCUUCGUCGACUGCAAACACUCAAACUCAACAAACUACGAAAAACAUGCCCUCGUCGCCUCAAAGCUCGGCGUUCCUUGGCCUGCAGCGGUAGACCUAUGGUCCGCACAAAUGCGUUAUGUGGCCGUUAUCACCAACGGUGGGGGAAACACGUUGACCAAGAUCUUGCAAAAGGAUUCGUAUCGUUCUUGUCUUUGGGAUCAUGUGGGUGGAAUGCUUAUCGCACAGGAGGUGGGUUGUGUGAUUACGGAUUUGAGGGGGAAGUCGAUAGAUUGUGGAUUGGGGAGGACGUUGGCUGGGGCUUUUGGGUUGGUUUGCGCGCCUGCUUCUGUGUAUUUGGAUGUUUUGAAGGCGGUGCAGGAGGUGGUUGGUAUUGACUCACAGAUCUAG